AUGGAGGUGAUCAAUUUUGAUGCUAUAGAGGAACAAAAGGAGAAUAUAGAGCCAGUUAAAGAGGGGCGCUCCGCAUCAUCAUUGAAAGGAAUAUUUUCUAUACCUCAUAAUCAACUGAAAAAACAACAACUUGAAGAGAGACUCAAAAUUGAAAAAGAACUAGAAUCUAUAGAUGAACUAGAUGAUCCUAUACAACCAUUCUUAGAUUAUAUACAUUGGAUACGAACAAAUUAUCCUUCAGGUGCUUCGGUUGAAAGUGGUCUAGUUCAGGUAUUAGAGAGAUGUACUUCACAAUUUAGAGAUUUUGACUUCUAUAAAAAUGAUGCAAGGUAUUUGAACGUAUGGCUGACUUAUGCUAAGUAUUCAGAAAACCCCAGAGAUAUCUUCAUUUAUCUAGCUAGAAAGGAAAUAGGUACAAACUUGGCGUUAUAUUAUGAAGAAUAUGCAAAUUAUCUUGAAUUAAAUAAAAGAAUAUUUCAAGCGGGAAAAGUUUACGAGGAAGGUGUUCGUUUCAAAGCUAGACCUUUGGCUAGACUUGAAAGAAGGUAUAAUGAGUUCAAAAUGAGGACCGAUAGCGUAUCAUUACAGGAUAAUGAACCACAUUCGCCAGUCUUCCCAGUUAGAUCAGCCUUAUCUCUGAAAAGUGGUGGAUCUUUGUUUUCAGUUCAAGAUGGCCCUCGUCUUCAAAAGAGAAAACUGGAGAUAUUCAAUGAUGGAGAUAAUGAUCAUGGUAAUAAUGGAGAGGUUGAUGCACCAAGAACCAAAGGAUGGGAUACACUAGGGACUGCUGCUUUUAGAAACAAGGAAAAUAAAUUGGAAGCCACACCAUGGGUUGGUGAAACUUUAGAACAAACAAAUAGAAAAAGACAACAUUUGAAUAAAAUAAGCGUCUUUCAGGAUGGUGGUGGUGAUGAUUCUGCUGGCAAAGUGUUUAAAUUCAUUGAAAAUCCUGGAAGAAAGACGGAAAAGGUUGAUCUGAACUUCGAUCUUCUUUACAGGGAAAGUGAAGAGUGCAGCAUACAAGAAGUUUUAUUCCAAUUGAGAACAUACUCAAAAAAGAUUGGAAGUUCAAAGAAGUCAUUGAAAGAAAGCAAUGGAAAUUAUGAUGAUCAAGCUGUCUCGUUGUUGGACACGAAGCCCAAAACUCUUGAUAAAAGCAAUGAUGCUACAAUACAUUUGAAUAACAAAAUGGAUACAGUUAUAAGACCAUCAUCACCAACAAUGACUAUGUUCACAAGAGAGGCAAAAGAUGAAGUGUAUUCAAUGUUCAAUCAAAAACCAGUGGAGACUGAUACAAGUGUAAUGGAGAAUGAUCAUCAGCUGGUUUAUGACGAUUUUACUGAACAAUUGACUCGUCCCAAUUUGAAUGAUUUGACAGAAAAGGUGCCUCAUAUGAAAAUUGAAGAAAACAUGACUCAAAGUAAUAAAGAAGACUAUUACGGGGUAAAUCACAAUGAAGAUAUUGGUAUGUUUGAUCCUGUCAAUGAGGAAUUCAAGGAAAAAUGGCUCCUCGAAAUGAACCCUCAUGUAUCAUCCUACAAGGGCUUCCAUUAUCAUGAAAAAGAUAUGAAAAUGUGUAAUACAUUAAAAAAGUUAUCAUCAAACAACAAACAGUUUAAAAAUUUGUUUUUAGACUUCACAAAAAGUAAUUAUAACAUGGUUUCGUUAUUAGGGCAUGGUGGUUUUGCUUCAGUUUACUUAGCAGAAAGUAUGGAUGGGGAAUUCAAAGCUAUAAAGGGUCAACAACCAGCAAGUGCUUGGGAGUUUUAUAUUAUCAAACAACUUGAACAAAGACUAGCUGGACACAAAGUACUCAACUCAAUAAUUGUAAUCGAUGAAGUGCAUUUGUUUAAAGAUGAGAGCUACUUGAUUAUGGAAUAUGAGAAACAAGGGACUAUUCUUGAUGUUGUGAAUUUAUACAAGGCGACUGGUAGAAAUGUCGAUGAAGCUCUUGUUAUAUUUCUCACGGUUGAAAUAUUGAAAUUAAUUGAAGAGAUGCACGAAGUUGGAAUUCUACACGGUGAUUUGAAACCUGAUAAUUGUAUGUUGCGAUUAGAUCCUGGAAGCACCGGUGAAUAUGAUAAAAAUGGGUCAAAUGGAUGGUCGAAAAAGGGGAUUAAGCUCAUUGAUUUUGGAAGGUCGAUAGAUAUGACUAUGUUUCCACCUAAUUCACGCUUUAAAACAAAUAUUAAAACAGAUAAUCAGGAUUGCCCAGAAAUGAGAAACGAUGAGUCUUGGUCAUUUGAGGUAGAUUACUUUGGAAUAGCAGGAAUUCUUCACACAAUGCUUUUUGGUACUUUUAUAGAGACCAUACAGAAAGAUGGAAAAUACAAAUUGGCAUCUCCUUUCAAAAGAUAUUGGAAUCAUGAGUUAUGGAGUCCAUUGUUUGAUUUAUUGAUAAAUUCGAGGAGUCAUGGAGACUUUCCUAUAACACAAAAACUAAGAGACCAGCGACUAGUUCUGGAAAGAUGGCUAGAAGCACAUGGAUCAAUACUAUCUGGGAUUAUAAGAGACAUAGAAACAGGGCUAAACUAA